AUGAACACACCACCAACGAAUAGCCCAAGAAGGCGAUCGCCUACGUCACGGACGGCGUCGCCAAGAUUUACUAAACCCUUAUCUGAAAAAUCUUCUCCUAAAUCCACCGCUCCAUCCACACCCAGACAACAUACUCGCGAUUCCUCCUACCAUUCGUCUUUCUUGGUCGGCAGGAAGCGUGCCUCGCCAACCCCAUCGGACAUAGCCGAUUCCGAGCGAAGUCCAUCGUCGGUGAUGCUGAUGUCUCCAAGUGAGGUGUCCGAGCAACAAGGAUCUAUUGAACAGGUCAUAAAAUCCAUCGAAAAACGACUCAAGGAGGAACAAAAUAAACUUGCCAAGAUCAUAUUGGAGAAACAACAAAAACCGAUAAGGUACAAACUCGAGAAUCACAUGGAUGCUCAUCUAACCCCUUUUGUCAUGAUAAAGAAAGUUGGGAAAAGUAGUAAUGAGGAAGGUGUAAAGAAAGAUCCCGUGGUGAAAUCCAAGACGCAAUCUUCCGCAAUAAAACCUUCAACACAAAAACGAUCUCAGACUCUUCCAUCGAACUUGAAGAAAUCUAGUUCCAUCUCAUCCAAAUCUCCGUCUGCCGGCACCGCACCACCACCGACCCUUCAGGGUCCAACGAAACGAAUAUGCACGUGUGGCGACCCGAAUAGUAUAUGGUGUUUCGUUUGCGAGAGCAGACGUUUCAAAAAUGAUUUCCCCAAGUGGACCAGCGGCAACAAAAUGAUUGAUAAUUUCAUAAAGGAAAUUCAGUUGUUCGCUGAGUCAGAGGUAAACUAUCUCGAGUGGAUAUCGUAUGACCGGCUUAGGGAGGUGAAAUACAUUUGUGACGGUACGUAUGCUUCGCUAUCGUUGGCGACUUGGUUGGACGGUCCAAGGAAUAUUGUGGACAAGCAAAGUAAGAAAUUGAAGAGAGACGUAAGGAAGAAGGUUGUGUUAAGGCAAUUGCACGAUUCUGAGAACAUCUCGGAGGUGUACUUGGGUGAGCUUAAUAGGUACUAUAAAAAGAUAUCUUGGAAUAAUAGCAUAAUGCCCGUAUACGGAAUAUCCAAAGAUCCGAAGACCAAAAACUUCAUAAUAGUCUAUGAGCACGCGGAACAUGGCGAUCUCAACAACUACCUUCAAGAAAACUCGGCGAACAUGAGCUGGCAGUUGAAAUUGGCAUUGGCCUGUGACAUCUCAAAGUCAUUAAAAACUCUUCAUAGUUGUAACCUGAUACACAGGGACAUCCACAGCGGAAACAUACUUAUACUGAAGAAUGGUUCAACGGCACUCGCGGAUUUCGGCAUAUGCAAGCACGUGAACUCUGAAAAGGGGAAACUAAAUAUUGGACAGGUUGAGGGUGUGUUACCGUUCAUUGCCCCCGAGGUGAUAAAAACCCAAAAGUAUAGUAAACAAUCAGACAUUUAUAGUUUCUCCAUGGUGAUGUGGGAGAUAUCCUCAGGUGGUAAGAGGCCAUUCAGUGAUCAAUCGCAUGAUGCAAAAUUGGCGUUAGGGAUACUCGAAGGUAAACGACCGAGUCCGGUGCCCGGCACGCCGCCGUGUUGGAUGGAAUUGAUAGAACAAUGUUGGAAUGAGAAUCCGGAUAAUCGUCCGGAUGCUGAUUUCGUGCACCAAAAACUAUGUGGUUGGUUGAAGAAGUUGGUGGAAACUCCAAAGUUACCAUAUGAUGUCAACACUGAAUUUACGUUGGCCGAGAAUUGGAGGGUACGUGGUCAAUAUCAAUCAAUCACACCUCAGCAUGGAGCACAGGUUUUGGCGGCGUCCAGUAGUAGUGUUGAAGAAGAUAAUACAUCGCAGGAAGAGUCGACGACGACGACGGUUGUUGAACCCGAAGGUGGGAUUGAGGUUGAUGCAAGUAUGGUGGAAGAAAUUGAAUCUGGGUUGGAAGUCGAGGAAUUUCAACACCCGAUAACGUGUUACACUAGUCAAUUAUUUGAUUUUAGUGAAUUGAAAUUUUUCUCGUCAACGGAGACUUCUUUCAUCGUUGAUGAAUCAUCAAUCGACGGGGAAUCAAAUACUAUUGACGCUAACAAGUCGGAUACUACUGAAGUAUCUGCUAAUGAAGAACAUAGUACUAUUGAGGCCUCUGUGUCUGACACCGGAGAAUCUAGCACCACCAUUAAUGCUCUUGCGUCUGACACUGAAGAAUAUAGUACUAUUAAUGUUUCCAUGUCUGAUAUCAAGAAAUCUAAAACUGUCGGAGUUUUUGAUACCAAUGAACUAGGUGCACCCAACACAAUUCCCGUUAUUGAGACCAAAGAACUCGGUAUGGUUGAAGCUCCUGUGUUUAAUUCCGAGGAGCCUAGCGUUCUUGAUGCUUCCGCACCAACUAACGAAGAAUCCAGCGCUGUUGAUGUUCAGGUAUCUGACGCCGAAAAAAUUGACACUUUUGAUGCUAUUAUCGUUAACGAUUCCGUGCUCGAAAAUGAGAAACCAAGCAUCUUUGACACUCCGAUAUCUACUGUCGAGAAACCUGAAGUUGUUGACGCUACGAUUCCUGAUUCCGAAGAAUCUGGUACUAAUGAUGUCAUCAUGCCUGUUGAUGCAGAAUAUAAUACCCUCGAUGCUACAACAUCCGACAACAAAGGAGUUGGCUUUGUUGGCGCACGCGUCCUCUCAUCCUCUAAUGAAGAAUUUAAUGUUCCCUUAUGGAGCACCACUAUUGAUGUCCCAGUAUUUGUGAAACCAUCAUCCGCCGUCGAAAAACUGAUGAUAAACACUUCAGUAGUAAAUCAAGUUUCUGAUUCGGUGAGAAGUGAUUCUCCCGACGAUGAAACCGAGGCAGACGUCAAAAGCGAUUCACCACUGCACUCUGAAGUGUCUCCACCGACGUCGCCGUCGGAAAGUGAAGCUAGUAAUAAAAAUUUGAGUGAGUAA